AUGCCAAAUGUCAAUGUGAAAUGGGGUAAAGAAAAGUACGAAGUUCUGCUCGAUUUGGAUGAACCACCGCUCGUUUUCAAAUCACAACUUUUCGCUCUAACCGGUGUUCCACCAGAUCGUCAAAAAGUUGUCGUUAAGGGCAAGACUCUUGGUGAUGAAUCAUGGACAGGAAUUGCAGUUUCGGAAGGUGCAAUGAUAAUGAUGAUGGGAAGCGCUGAUGCAGUUCCUGCACCACCGAAACCAGAGGAUGAAAGAAAGGAAGCUGCAGCGAAUGACGAAAAGAUCGUCAAGUUACCGCACGGGUUGAAAAAUCUUGGCAAUACUUGCUACAUGAACUCGGUUCUACAGAGCUUCAAGACCAUUCCGGAAAUCAAAGAUGGUCUCCAGUUUCUGAAACAGGGCGGCUCGGAAACGGAUGCGAACAAGAAAAUGGCGAUGGCCGUCAAGAGCGUUUACGAAAUGCUCGAUAAUCCUCGUCGAACCGAUGAACCUCUUGUACCCUUUUUCAUGCUCCAGACCAUUCCGGAAAUCAAAGAUGGUCUCCAGUUUCUGAAACAGGGCGGCUCGGAAACGGAUGCGAACAAGAAAAUGGCGAUGGCCGUCAAGAGCGUUUACGAAAUGCUCGAUAAUCCUCGUCGAACCGAUGAACCUCUUGUACCCUUUUUCAUGCUCCAGGUGAGCUUUGCACACUAUACUGCCACAAUUUAUUCCCGAGACGAACAUGGCCAUCUUGAACAGCAAGACGCCAACGAAUGUUUUUCAGAAAUACAGAGAAUGUUGCUGAACGCCCUUUCGUCAAAUAAAGAGACCGUUGGUAAGGAUAUCAAGGAAUUCUUCCGCGGCCGAUAUCAGGUAACUCAGAAGUGCCUUGAGUGUGACGAGGAGCCUAAACAAGUUACUAGUGAAGAAUUUUAUCAGCUUUCUUGCUUUUUGUCGCCGGAAGUUAGGUAUAUCCAAAGUGGGAUAAAGGAAAAACUUUCUGGAGAAAUUGAGAAGACUAGCAGUGUUCUCGGACGGAAUGCCAAGUGGGAACGAAAUGUACUUAUUGAUCGGUUGCCAGCUUAUGUUUCGGUGCAAAUGGUUCGCUUCUUCUAUAAGGAGUCAAGUCAUUACUGGAAUCGUGAAGUUACUAGCGCUCAGGUUGUGAAUGCCUCUGAAUGUUCGAGCUAA